GUCGGCCACUGGCACAAUAUAACGCCAAGAGAUCCGCGCAGCGAGCAGAGGGAUUUACUUUAUUCCACCUUUCAUUUCAGCCGUCCUUUAUUUUAUUGAACUAAAACAAUGGCAGACACACAAGUGGACUCCGGCUCGGAUAUCUCAGCUAAGGACCUGAAAGAGAAGAAGCUAGUGGAGGAGAAGGAGAACGGCAAAGAUGCUGCCACCAAUGGAAAGGAAAAUGAGGAGAACGGUGAGCCCGAGGUUGACGAUGAGGAGGACGAGGAGGUGGAUGAGGAGGAUGAGGAAGACGACGGAGAAGGUGAUGAGGAGGAUGAGGAGGAGGAUGAUGAUGAGAUCGAGGGCGGCACAAAACGGGCAGCUGAGGACGACGACGAUGAUGACGAGGAUGACGUCGAAACCAAGAAGCAGAAAACCGACGACGACGAUUGAUGCGUUUUCGCCCCGCGCCAUCCUGCUGAACCACUUCCUGAUUCUUCACCUCUGACCGUUUUUAUAUGUCACAGGUGGAGGGGCUGGAGGACUGAUUUAAAGGAAAAAAAAAAUAAUAAUAAUACAAAAAAAAAAAAUCAACAUGGUCAUUAGCAAGUAGAGUUCAACAAACCACGACCCACCACACAAAACACUUGAUCUCCCCUCAAAGCUGCAAAACAAAUUUUCUAGAGGACCUCGCCACCACAUGCAGAAAUCUGGCUUCUCUUCAACAAUAACAACAACACGAAAGGAGAAUUUGUUUGUAUUUUUAUUUACAUUUUAUAUUUUUGUACAUAUUGUUAGGAGGGGGGGGGUCAGUUUCUCUCUCGGCAGCGAUCUUGUCAGACCAAAUCGGUGCUUCUUUAACAAAAGAUUUUACUUGGUUGACCAUGUUACAAUAUCUCAACAGAUACUAGAAAAAAACAUGUAAAAAAACAUGAACCUCUUAAGCCGUUGAACUCAGAGCAUUCCAGUAAAUUUAAUGUAUGUACUUUAGCUGUACCAUAACUAGUUUGUUUGUAUGGGAGGGUAAGGCCAAAGAAAAGAGCCUCUUUUCUUUUUCCUUUCAUUUUGUUUUUGUCAGCGACUUUUUGUUUUAUGACGGCCUGUUUUGAUGUAUGUGCGAAGUUUGUUGUUUGACAAUAAACCGGACUUUUAUUUUGUGAGUUGUA